AUGACUUUAAGUAGAUCUUCAGUUAGUGCAGUUGGCUUGGAUAGCUUUGCAUUUCGUCAAUUUGAGUAUGGAUACUGUGGAAGUUAUAUUCCUAAUUAUACACCUAAACAGUUCUUAGCUGAAAUUAACAAGUUUAUUCAAUUGGAGUAUCCAGAAUUAGUUAGUGGCUAUGCUCCAUUUUGUAAACAUCUAUUUGUUCCUAACUUUACGCAGGCUAAAGUAUCAGUUAUAGAAAUUACACCUGAAAAUGAAAGAUACUUAAAAACCGGUUAUAUAUCCCGUAGAAAAGAGGAAUUACCCGUUUUAUCCAGAUGGUUCCCUUCUGAUUGUAAAUUUAUCAAAGAUUCCAUUAAUCUCCCUGCAAAAUAUCUGGAUAUUAUUUUAUAUAGUAGAGAACAAUGUGAAAAAGAGAUUCAAGGAAUGAAUUUGCAAGGUAAGCAUGAAAGGCUUGUAGAAGGAUCUAAUAGUGAUCCUGAUUGGUAUAUUAUCUCAAUUAAAUUACAAAAUGAAGAUUUUGAAACUCCUAUGGAACCUAUCACAAUGUUAAGGAAUACUAUAAUAGAGGAGGGCGGCAGCGGAGUGCCGCUCGAUAGGGAAAAAUAUUUAGAAUCUGUUAAUUACUGGAAAAAUCAUGCAGUAAUAUGCCCAAACUAA